AUGGCCUAUCUAGUAUACCGGAUGUGCCUUGCCCCUUUGUUGAUUCCAUUACAUCCGGCAUUCUGGAUAGAGUGUCUGGCAUACCAGACUAGUCUUCUGAAUAGCCUAUCCAGUAUACCAAAUACCCUUCUGGAUAAUUUUAUUUUUUCUUCAAGAUUGGCAAAUUUUAUUUCUCCAGAGAGUUUUGGACUUCUUCCGGAUAAGCUUCCCGAUGGCUAUUUUUUAGGCUUUUCAUCGCACUUUGUUCACACCAAUUUCUCUCUGCACACCAUAUUUCUCUCUUCCUUCUUACUCUUCUUUGGCAAUCACUUACACUCAUCCAUACACUAA